AUGAUAUCGACCACUUCAAAUUUCGAGCCUCUCACAGUCCUGGUAACAGGCGCAGCCUCUGGUCUUGGCCGUGGCUUCGUGGAGCACUACCUCAACCAGCACAACACCACAGUAAUAGCAUGGGACCUUCACCCAAUCGACAUCCCAGUACCCCCAGGUACACCGGGCGAGGACGGCCAGUCCCGACGACUUCGUAAGCAACACGUCGACUUCGAAUCGGAACUCUCCAUCACAAACGCCAUCAACUUUAUGCAAACAAAAUUCGGGGCAUUCGGUGCGAUGACAAACCCAAAGCUAGAUCUCGUCAUUCACUCAGCUGGCAUCAGAGGUCUUGUACCAGAGAUCGAAGAGGCUUAUCCGGACGAUGUAGCUGUCGCGGAGACGUUACACGUUAUGGAUUACGAGACCAUGAUGCGGACUUAUCAGAUUAACACGCUUGGCACAUUUACGCUGCUUCAGAAACUGGCUUCUUCUGGUCUCUUUCACGAACCUGAAUCUUCGGAUGGGGAGUAUCGGGCAUAA